AAGAAGCACUUGUGUAAUCGAUCAUUAGGUCUUACUGUUUCGUACGGUAUACUGAACUCUAAGGUUUAAGUUGAUAAAUAACAACGAUUUCGCAAUUAAUAAGCAUGGAACAGAGAGUUGCAGAACUUGGACUGCAGCUGGUUGUCAUUUGUGUGUUUAUCACCUGCACCGUGGGCAGCAGUGUCUGCCUGAGUUGCCAGGAUGUCUUUUCCCCGGCGGUCUGCAAUAAAGUGAAGACAUGUGGACCACAUGAGGAGUGCUAUUCGGACGCAUUCACCAGCCCAAACGGCUACAUCCACUUUAAUCUUGGCUGCCGUGAUACAAGGUUGUGCACUGGUCAGGCAAGUGUGAUAGGCAAAAGGGCAAUGAAAGAUUCGACCGCGAACAUGAGUCCACUGCUGGGAAGGCGCGAUCAGAACAAUUACUUGUGCUCCCAGUGUUGUCAAGGAGAUCUGUGCAACCACAGACUUUGCGGACAGACUCCGUUCUCCAACGAUAUGGGUCCAGUGUGUUACGCAUGCAAGUUGCAAGCUACACAGAACUCGUGCAGUAACAUAACGCACUGUAACAAGGACCAGGUAUGUCAACUGUCGGUCAUGCACGACGAGAAUCUUCAGCAAACGGUUUUUACAACCAGUUGCAAUGGCAUUAAGGAAUGCGAGGUAAACAAGGAGAUUAUCCGAAACACUGCCUCUUUAUUCGGAGUUUCAACCGGAACCCAUGACCUGGACUGUCUUGUAAACUGCUGCAACUCAAACCUUUGCAAUAAAUGUGUCGGCAACACGACUGUCGGGUCAGCGACAACAUCAAUCUCGUCAACAACACGUCCGCCAACAGCAACAGUGUCGACUUAUUCCCCAACAACUAAAACAUCGGUCUUGACAACAACAGUUUCUACAACGUCAACUCGGACAACAAUUUCAACAGUAGCUCAAACACCAGCAUCAUCAACAACACAACAAUCAUCUACUUAUCCUUUUGCGAUGCCAGUCGACUGUAAGGACAUCAGUGACAAUAAGGGGAAGUAUGGUUACCAUGGUACUGGGGUGUAUACGAUAAAGCUGGCUGUUUCCGGCAGGACACUAUCUGUUUACUGUGACAUGGACACGGUCGGAGGUGGUUGGACGAUAUUCCAGCGUCGGUUUUCCAACAUCGAAAACUUCAACAGAACCUUCCAUGAAUAUGAACAAGGCUUCGGUGAUAUUAAUGGAGAGUUCUGGCUGGGCUUGGCUAAUGUACGAGAGAUGCUUGGAGAUGAUGGUUCGCUACUCAAGGUUGCAUACAACUUUACGGAGAGUGGAUCUACAUUCGAACAAACUGACACACUUUCUGGCUUCCGGCUCGGGCCGUCCCCAUACUACAAGCGAUACUUUAAUUCACAGACCUACGACGAGCAACUGAAAUCCGCGGGCUCUUUUACGGUGAACAAAGGAAUUGAGCCCGAAUAUCACAACGGUAGUAGAUUUGUGACGCACGACAGGGAUAAUCAAGCAAACUGUGGUUCACUAUUCGGUACCGGAAACUGGUUUGCAGACUGCACCUGUCGCAGCGAGUUUACUUUGGAAAUCAUUCCUUACGAUGUAACUCCACCAGCGUCGUGUUCCUCAGAGAUUCCGCUGAACUGUCGCUAUGAGCCCGGGUGUUCCUUAGUAGAUCUAAAUGCCAGCUUAAAAACGCAAUCACCAGGUGUAGGAAUCCAUUUGAAAGAGGACCUGGUACCACUGUCAUCAACAAUGAUGAUGUUUAGGCGCUCAUAAGUCCCUUCGAACAGUGUUUCUUCCAUGUGCGAUAACAAAUAAAAUGUUUAUAU